AUGACAUGUUGGGAGCAGAGCAGGGACUGUCUUCAGGAGGUGUCUGAAGUGGGGUUUGUGGAUGGGAGUAGCAUGAGUAAGCUCUAUGUGGCCACUGAAGCCAUCCUCAUUGCAUUGGUGGGUGCAACUCCUCCCUACCACUGGGAUCUCCAAGAGCUCUCAGUCAAUCAGAGCCAUAGCAACCCGUCAGCAAGUGAGCAGAGAGCUUUUGGGGAAUGGCUUCUGACUGCCAAUGGCAGCGAGGUGCAUGAGCACGUACAUUUCAGCAGCAGCUUCACAUCAAUAGUCUCUGAGUGGUUUUUAAUUGGCAACACAUCAUACAAAGUCAGUGCUGCCAGUUCUUUCUACUUCAGCGGUGUGUUUGUUGGAGCAAUCUCCUUUGGCCAGCUCUCAGAUCGCUUCGGGAGAAAGAAAGUCUAUCUCACAGGUUUUGCCCUUGACAUCUUGUUUGCUAUUGCAAAUGGAUUCUCACCCUCGUAUGAAUUCUUUGCCAUCUCUCGCUUCUUGGUAGGGAUGAUGAAUGGUGGGAUGUCACUGGUGGCCUUUGUUCUACUGAAUGAGUGUGUGGGUACUGCCUACUGGGCAUUAGCAGGAUCUAUUGGUGGCUUGUUCUUCGCCGUGGGAAUUGCCCAGUAUGCUUUAUUAGGCUACUUCAUUCGUUCCUGGAGGACUCUGGCUGUUGUGGUUAACCUAGAAGGGACAGUUGUCUUUCUUCUCUCUCUAUUCAUUCCAGAGUCCCCUCGCUGGCUCUAUUCACAAGGCCGGCUGAGUGAAGCAGAAGAUGCCCUCUACCUCAUUGCGAAGAGGAACCGCAAGCAGAAGUGCACUUUUUCAUUAAAACUCCCAGCAGAGAGGAGCUCCAGAGAGGCUGGCAGCUUCUUGGAUCUGUUUCGACAUAAGAUUCUCUUGGGACGCACCCUGAUCAUGAUGUUCACUUGGUUUGUGUGCAGCUUGGUUUACUAUGGUCUUACCCUUAAUGUGGGUGAUUUGGGUGGAAGCAUUUACGCCAAUUUAGCCCUCUCAGGGUUGGUAGAAAUCCCAGCAUACCCAAUCUGUAUUUACUUGAUUAACCAAAAGUGGUUUGGUCGGAAGCGAACACUGAGUGCAUUUCUGUUUCUGGGAGGCCUGGCUUGUCUUAUUGUCAUGUUUCUUCCUAAAAAGAAAGAUACUGGAGUGUUUGCAGUGGUGAAUAGUCACUCUCUGUCUUUGCUGGGGAAACUGACAAUCAGUGCUGCAUUUAACAUUGUCUACAUCUAUACAUCAGAACUUUAUCCCACGGUGAUCAGGAAUGUAGGAAUGGGUGCCUGCUCCAUGUUUUCCCGCGUUGGUGGAAUCAUUGCACCUUUCGUCCCUUCAUUGAAAUCCGUACAGUGGUCUCUGCCUUACAUUGUGUUUGGAGCAACUGGUCUUCUGUCUGGACUCUUAAGUUUACUGUUGCCAGAGACCUUAAACAGCCCUUUGCUAGAAACUAUUUCAGACCUGCAGGUAUGUUCCUACUGGAGGCUGGGUGAUGAAGCCAUGUCGUUGCAAAUCCUAGGUGGCUCACAGUCUGGAGACAAAGACAGUUCUGCAAGCAGUGGAAGUGAAGAUGAGGAGUUUUAUGAUGCUGAUGAAGAGACUCAUAUGAUCAAGUAAUGAAAA